AUGCAGCGUGACGGUGGCUCCCACCACAGCCGCUUCUCGCCUCCCCUGGAGCCUCCCGGAGCCUCGCCGGAAGCGGGAUUUACAGCAUCCCUAUCUCAGAAGAACAAAACUGCUUUGUGUGGAAGAAAAUCUGCAAAAGAUGGCCUGAAGCUGGAGCCUGUGGCAUCUUUGCAGACCAGUCCAACAAUGCAUACUUUGAAUAGCUCAGACACUACCUGGAUCCUAAAACUUAAUUCUCCGAGCCCUGUGAGAGAACAUGAUCUGCAAAGGCCUUGGCAGAGAUUCCCUUCAGCACCAGUGGAGAGUGGCGCAGCAGAUACUUCUGACUGCAGUAGACAUUUUGGGAAGAAAAAUGCUACCAAAGAUUGGCUAACACAGAAGAACUUUUGUUGUGCAAAGGCAGCACCUGAUGAAAGUCGAGACAUCAUUGCUUCUGUUCAGUGCAUCUUGGACAGAGAAAAUUAUUUUGUGAGGGAGGUGGACAGGUAUUUGAGGCACAAUGAUUUCUUAAAUCUGAGAAAGAAGGAGAUCCUGUACAAGAAGUGGCUUGAGGGUGUUUCAGAGCCACUGCUGCAGAAAAUUGAGGACAAAAUGGACAGCCAGUCAAGUGAAGAAAUAAGGAGAAGGAAAGAAGAACAACUCUCUCUCUAUUUAAACUACUGUAAAAAGAAGGGCUAUGUGGCUUUGGAAACUUAUGACCUCUUCCUGAAUACACGUACGGACUGCUGGAAGGUUUCAAUACCAACUUUACAGGAUCCUCUGUUAAAAGACAUUCAAAGAAAGUUUAUUGAGACAGGCAUUAUCAAGCAGUGUGAGACAGGAAGACCAUGCUCUACCAGAGAGCUGAACAAACUCAGUAAAGCAGAACUGCCACUGCUUCCUUUGAGCCGGCAACGUAUGGAUGCAGUUGAGUGGUUGAAGAUACCACACGCCUACAUUGCUAGUGAGGUCCACCAAAUGAAGAGGCCAAACAGUCGCAGCUCUCUUGGCCUCGUCUCAUGUUUGCUCAGCCAGUGUCCUUUGACUGUUGAGAUACAGUGUGCAUCCUGGCUCAAGCCAUCAGGAGAUGAACUGGUGAGAAAAAAGUCUGCUAGGCCCCUCUUCUACGCCAUGCAGGAUCUGUAUGUUAUCGCCAGCUCUGACAACAGCUACAGCUUCGAGUCUGCUGUAUUCCGUAUUACAAGUGUGAAUGUUCGCAGGGCGGCAGAGAGAAUGGCAAAGCUUGCAAAAUUUUAG